AUACCACCACUACCAGUCGACCACUACCUCCUACCACCACUACUACCUCCUACCACCACCACUACGAGUACGACUGAGCUAGCUGGCAUCGACCUGUUGACCACAUCUCCACCACCACCACCAACCACACCAACCGACCAAUCAGCCAAUCACCAACCCGCUGUCUAAACCAACUCUCACCAACCAACUCACCAACCAAUCAACCGCUUGCCGCUGCGAGCCCAUACACCAACCACCCACCUCACACAUCCACAAUGCCUGCGUCAACAUUCCCUCCGUGCCCAGGCCCACCACCCAGCCGUCCACUGCCUCCGAUUCCCACCAAAUAAGAGCAUGGCGACACGACGCGACCACUUCAUACAGGCCACUGUGGAGCCCUUGUCUCAUACCACAGACAUGGACUGUCAUCACAAGAUCCCAGCGAGCACGCUUGCACCACCUACUUGUACUUGACAAGACGAUGCGAACUGGGUGCAGACGAGUGUCACCAGGCGCAAGCCUCGGACCACACACAGGCCAACACAUACACUUCUACCAACAUUGCAAAUCGACUACACCAGCUGGCCUCGUCUCGGUUUGCUCUACAAUGUCUUGAACAACACUUCUUCUCACUACGAUCUGGAUUACAACCUUCCUUCUCUCUCUCUCCAGACGGUGAUGCCUGCCGUCUGCGUUCCGAGUCACACCAGGUUUCUGGCUCGGCCGUUCUAUGUAUUACCACCAAUUUCCCUUCUUUUUUUUCUUCUUCUUUACUUUCUUCGUUACUUGGGGACAUUUCUUGGGUCCGCUGAGCGGCUUGUGUUAUUAUCAACUUGGGAGGACGGGGGCCAUUAUUGUCGGUCCCACCACCACACGGAAUGGAAGCGGGUUCCCCUCGGCGAAGGAUGCGACGCAUGAGCAGGAGAUUCCCGCGGGGCUUUUUGCAUGGGAAUUAAAGGCGCUGGAAUUAAUAUAUGGAAUGGAGAACGAUACCCCCCGGGCUGCUGCAGAUAUUGCGCGCCUGCCUGCUUUGCUACUACCUAGCUACUGCUAUAUGAAGACAAUAAUAAUUUGACCCC